CUUCCCUUGUCACGGCAGUGCGGUGAAGGACCCAUAGCGUCUAUUUGCAAACAUCAAGCACGGCUGCCUCGCUCAUGCUCACCGGCACACGUUAACGUCGUCGCUACCUCACCUCCAUCUCGCCUUCACCGUUGGUCGAACCACCUCACCUUCAUCGCCCACAUGCUCGAGCUACAGCUCCCCUGUUCGAUGCCUCACGCCCUCCCCUGGGAGCCUUCCUUCGACUUCCACUUCUCAUCCUCAGCUCGACCCACUACCAAGUUCGACUCGAGUACCGUUCAGAUGCAGCUCCCCGUACCUCGAAUGUCAAAUGGCUACGAGCUGCCAGCUCCUAGGCGGCCUCUGACCCCUCCCGAGAUGCCAGGCUCAGCAGUCAAGGUCGUAUCAUUACCACCGAGCCAAGGUGCUAGUCAGCAGUAUGGCUACCAACUUCCUGCAAUCGGCAACUCCAGGUCGGCAACAGUCGCUACAGGCCCUACUGCUCAAAGGCAAUCACAGCAACAACCUCAAGAAGUUGCACAGACACCACGAAAGAAGUGGUCAAUAUCACCAAACCUGCGAGUUCCCUCGACCAUCAACACACCGCAGGAGGGACUCCCCCAAUUAGCAGCUGAGAUUACUUGCCUGUUUUGGUUUGAAAGCUCACAGACUCUGAACCAGGUUACAGACUCGACCUCACCUCGUCAACAAAUACAACCCCUCGUCCCCGAUGCGAUACCGACCACUGGAUUCCGUAAAUGGGUAGCAACAAUUUUGACGACCACGCAAGUUGCUCAGAACGUCAUCCUUCUGGCCCUCUUGUUCGUUUGGAAGUUGAAGCAGACCAACCCUAGCGUCAAGGGCAAGCCUGGUAGCGAGUAUCGUCUGCUGACUGUGGCACUGAUGCUCGGCAACAAGUUCCUGGAUGACAACACCUACACCAACAAGACGUGGGCUGAGGUUUCUGGCAUCUCGGUACAGGAGGUGCACAUCAUGGAGGUCGAGUUCUUGAGCAAUAUGCGUUAUAGCCUGUACACAUCGAAAGAGAAGUGGGAGGAGUGGCACAAGAUUCUUGGCAAGUUCGGUACUUUCUACGAUCGAGCCUCGAAGGUCCCUGCCGCUGGCACGAUUAGCCCACCCACGCCCUCGCUCGCGGUUCCACAGAACUUCAUUCCAUCCCCCCCAACGAAUCUCCAAACCUCCCCACCAACCACAAUGUACUCGCCCAAUCACUUGGCAUUCUCCAACAACACUCCACUUCUACAGCCCCAGGCAACAUCUGCACAGGUUUCACCGAUUGGAUCUCUGCCUCCUCUAGGACCUAUUGUGCAACGCAAGCGAAGCACCGAUCACAGUGCUGAACCGCCAAUGAAGAGAGUAGCUCACGGAUUUGCACCUGGACCCUACUCCAACGCUCCACUUGUACCAACAUUGCAAACGCCCGUCAACAAGUCCUUCGAGCCACCGCCAUCCGUGAACAGACUGCCGCCUCUGCCAAGUCUUGCGAUUCCACCUCCUCAGCAACAGCAGAUGCCUCCUGUACAGGCUAAGAAUUGGUCGGAGCUUCCAUUGCCAGUCCCUGGUAACCGUUCCAUGGCGAUGGUAUAUCCACCACCGGUCCAGUGGCAGCAACCAGUCAGCACACCAACUUCCUCGGUUGUGCCUCCCUUCUCUACACACCACACACCCACCGCGGACCGAUCUCGCCAGAUCAGCCCUUACCCACACUCGAACAACUCAUCUCCUACUAGUGUAUCGUUCCCUACUGGAUCACGACAGUUGUCUCCAUCCUACUUCCUGAACCAACGACAGUCGCCAUACCGUCCAGUCCGCGGCGUGCACACCUUGUUGGUGCCUCCUCCUCAGACAUCCAUCCAGAACCCAGCUCGCAACAUCUCGUACGACCAAAUGCACUACCAUCCUCUCGGUCGUCCUAUGACUGACCGCCGAGCUGGCCCUCUGCCGUACAUGGACCACAGUGCAUGGCCUGAGCAGCACCAGUUCAACCAACUACCCGUUCCUCAACAGCCGGUCUUUCGCUGAGGAUUACUUUCACUGUACAAAAUUUCCUACAGUCACACAUACCGAGGGUAGCGGUCAUCUUGUUCAUUAGCAUUUUUUGUCAGCGUUUUAGCGUGCAUACCGUCGGCCGAUAGACUUCAU